AUGGGCAGCCUGCAUUUUACAACGCCGUCCCGGGAGAAACUUCUCCAAGACAUGACUACUAGCGAGAAGAUAGCCUUGCUAUCGGGUGUUGACUUUUGGCACACGGCUAGCAUCCCACGCCUCAACAUCCCCAAGCUUCGCAUGUCGGAUGGCCCAAAUGGCGUUCGGGGCACCAAGUUCUUUGACAGUGUUCCUGCAGCCUGUUUGCCUUGCGGGACAGCUUUGGGUGCGACGUGGAACAAAGAGCUAAUGAAGGAGGCGGGAGACCUGAUCGCUCGCGAGUGUCAUGCCAAGAGUGCUCAUGUCUGGCUGGGACCAACGGUCAACAUCCAGAGAAGUCCUCUCGGCGGACGAGGAUUCGAGUCCUUCUCUGAAGAUCCCCUUCUGAACGGGAUUAUGGCCGGUGCCAUAAUCUCAAGCGUCCAAAAGGGCGGCAUCGGAUCAUCUCUGAAGCACUUUGUGGCCAAUGACAUGGAACACGAGCGCACUCUCGUAGACUGCCGCAUCAGUCAGCGUGCGCUGCGUGAAAUCUAUCUCCUCCCUUUUCAGUUGGCUAUCCGGGAUGCCAAUCCCUGGGCCCUCAUGACGGCGUACAACAGGGUCAACGGCUUCCACAUGUGCGAGAACUCUGAUAUCCUACAAGAUAUCGUACGAAGAGAGUGGAACUAUGAUGGGUGCAUCCUAAGUGACUGGUUUGGAACGUAUUCGACUGUCGAGGCCAUCAAUGCUGGCUUAGAUCUCGAGAUGCCAGGCCCAACGGAGUGGAGAGGCAAAAAGGUAUCGACUGCCAUGAGUGUGGGCAAGAUAAGCAAUGAGACCAUCAACCAGAGGGCAUCUUCUGUCUUGAAGCUUAUCGAGAGGUGCUCAAAGUCGGGGAUCCCAGAGUCGGGUCCCGAAAUUUGUCUUGACUCUGCGAGUGACCGCGAUGUCUUAAGGAGGUUGGGAUCUGAAAGCAUAGUUCUUCUCAAAAAUGAGAGAAACAUUCUACCUUUGAAUGGCUGUAAGAGUAUUGCAGUCAUUGGGCCCAACCUGAAGAAACCCUUCUUCUGUGGUGGAGGAUCAGCAUCGCUCCGGCCUUAUCGUUCAGUAUCCAUCCUCGAGGGACUAAACGCCCAAUUGGAAAAGCCAGUUCAAUAUGCCGAGGCCUGUCGAAUCUACAACAUGCUGCCAGUUCUGGGGGAUCUAGUCCGAAGUCCAAAGAGCGGGAAACUCGGCCAUUUCCUGAUGAGCAUCUACAGCUCACCACCAUGGGAGGACAAGCACACCCCGCUGGAAACGUUCGAGCUUGAUGACACAAACAUUGUUCUCUACGACUAUAGCAACCCUGCUACCCCUGACAACGUUCUCUUUGCCACUAUCGAAGCCGACUUUGUGGUUGAGCAAGCCGAGACAUAUGCAUUUGGCCUCACGGUUGCCGGUACCGCCAAGUUAUACCUCGAUGAUAAACUCAUUGUCGACAACGCAGAGAAGCAAACCAGAGGAGAAAGCUUUUUUGGGUCAGGUAGUGUGGAAGAGAUCGGCUAUACUAAACUCGAGGCCGGCAAGGUGUACCGUCUUAAAGUGGAUUUCGGCAGCGCUGCAACCUCCAAUCUCAACAAAGCCGGAGCACCAGUCUUUGGAGCUGGAGGUGUACGUAUUGGCUGUGCCCCUUGCGCAGAGCAAGGAUCGGAUCUCGACAAUGCCGUGGAGCUGGCAAAGACGGUGGAUCAAGUCGUGUUAUCCGUUGGCUUGGGCCCUGAGUGGGAGUCGGAGGGUUCAGACCGUACUGAACUUGGACUCCCUGGACGACAGGCCGAGUUGAUAUCAAGAGUAUGCGCCGUCAACAAAAACGUUGUCGUCGUUAUCCAAUCCGGUACUCCUGUCUCGGGACCAUGGAACGAAGUUCCCGCUGUGCUGCAGACGUGGUACGGCGGCAACGAGAGCGGCCACAGCAUCGCCGAUGUUCUCCUAGGCAAAACGAGUCCAUCCGGGAAGCUACCCCUUUCGUGGCCAAUGCACAUCGAGGAUACGCCUGCUUUCCUUAGCUACAGGUCCGAGGCCGGAAGAUGCUACUACACCGAGGAUAUCCACGUUGGCUACCGCUUCUAUGAAAAGACCAAGCGACCCGUUCAAUGGCCGUUUGGGCACGGCCUCUCGUAUGCUUCCUUCGAGUUGGAUCACUUGACAGUUACCUUGGAUGGUUCUGGCCUUGAUAGUCAGCUACACAUCUCAGUUGCAGUAACCAACACUUCCGUCAUAGACGGCAGCGAGACCUGUCAGGCCUAUGUGAAGCGGAUCAGUGAGUCCAAGGUUUCACGACCCAUCAAAGAACUAAAGGGAUUCACCAAGGCCUUUGUUCCGGCUGGAGAGACAAAGUUGGCUUACAUCACCAUCCCUCUCAAGUAUGCCACGAGUAUCUGGGAUGAGACGUCGGGUGCUUGGCUGAUGGAGAGCGGGAGCUUUGAGGUCUUCGCACUCUCCUUCGAAGCCAAUUGCUACCUCGCAUGGCCAAUCACGGCCCAGAGCUCCCCCGAGGAAUAUAAUGGAAUGACUACGGCAGCCACAGUCUUUCACCAUGCCCCUCGGCCCAUCUCCAUCGCCGAGUUUAGAGAUGCCGUCGAAGCUGUGUGCCGGCCGCGAUUCCCCGCGGCUCGGUCUGCCAGGCCUCAGCGCGUAGUACUGGCCAUCAGCGGAGGGGUUGAUUCCAUGGCCCUGGCCUUUCUCACUUCCCGCAUGCUCCAGACCUUCCGCCACGCAAAGAUCGCCGACAAUCCCGCCCACGGCGCCCUUGCCGUCGUCAUUGAUCACAGACUGCGCGACGAGAGCACCGAAGAGGCUAUACAGGUCGCAAAGGAGCUGAGGAAGCUCGACCUCAAAACUACCGUCACGGCACUCGCCUGGAAGGAGGAGAAACGCAACGGCCUUGAUCCUCGCAAGCUCCCGAACCUCGAGGGACUCGCUCGAACGUAUCGAUACCGCGCUCUCGGGAACCACUGCAACUACCUGGGCGCUACGAGCCUCUUCUUUGCGCAUCAUCGAGACGACCAAUACGAGACGGUUCUGAUGCGAUUGCUUGGAGGACAUGGAUAUCGAGGGCUGCAGGGGAUACGGGAGGCAAACUCGAUCCCCGAGUGUUACGACAUGCACGGCGUAUACAAGAGCGGCCUGAUCGAUGACCAACGCCAGGAGUACCCCUUUCUCAGUUUUAAGCCGCCUAUACGGGAAAUGAAGCGCCUGCGAUCCAUCUUUCGAGACGAGAAGAUGGCCGAGCCACGGAACGGCCUCAAACGCUUUGGUGGAACAGAACUUGUUGACCGAUAUCCGGGGCACAAUCCCAUGGAAAAGGAACCUAGCGAGCCCUAUCUCAAGCCGCUGGAGAUCGAAGAUGGCGGGGUCAUGAUCUACAGGCCGCUCCUUGAGUUUGACAAGGAUAGGCUCAUCGCCACCUGUGAGGCAAACAAGAUCCCCUGGGUCGAGGACCGGACCAACAAGGACCCUACUCUGACGACACGGAAUGCCAUCAGGUACCUGGUCCGGAAUCAUGAGCUCCCGAAAGCUCUGCAGAAGCCCGCCAUCCUGGCCUUGGCCGAACGGGCAAAGCGAAGGACAAAGUUUGAAGAAGCUGAAGCGCAUCGCUAUCUGGUGCGAGAAGCCAUCAUCAAAGAUUUCGAUCCGAAUGCGGGAACCUUGUUGAUCCAGUUUCCCAACUCGCGCCCCUUCAAGGGACGGCGCAAGAGGCGCUCAUUGAAUCCAGACAAUGAGCUUCGAAAGGAGCACCGGAGACUCAUCAUGGCUAUUGCAGUUCGGAAGCUGAUAGACUUUGUCACUCCCGAGUAUCAUUUGCCGCCUUUGGCCAACCUCGACAACGUCGUGAAUCGACUUAUCCCUGAUCUGGCCCCCAACCGGGGCCCAUCUCCUCCAAAAGCCUUUGCCAUGUCCGGUGUCUUGUUUGAUCCGAUAGCACAAGGAAACGCGGUCAAGUGGUUCCUCUCUCGAGCUCCUUACACAUCCAAUCAACCUCUACCUAUGGCGAAGCUGUUCGGGGUUCUGGACCAUCGUGUUCGCUUUGAUAAGGAGGAGGCCAAGGAGAUCGCCGAGGCCAACCCUGGGUCCCGCAUCAUGGGCUGGAAGAGAUCCAAGAUGUUUGACGGCCGCUACUGGGUUCGGAUUGGAUACAACAAUCGCCCUGUAUUCCUGGUGCAGCCCUACCGAGCAGAGUAUGCCAAGGCUUUCCGUAAGGCGCUACCCCCCAUGCGGAGGGCUCGGCUUGAAAAGCUGCUUAAGCACUACGCACCGGGCAAGGUCCGAUAUUCCUUGCCGGCUCUAUACGGCGUGGAACGCGAGAGAGAUCACUACUCGCAGCAUGUGACAACUACGUUGACGCUACUGGCGCUACCAUCGCUGGGCAUCCAUAUACCCGGCCUGGAGCGGUGGGUCAAGUAUGAAGUUCGGUACAGAAAUGUCGACAAGACCCUGCUGGGACAUCACCCGAGGGGAGAGAGGACGUCCCAUGUGUAUUACCGGCCGCUGUUUGGGCCGGUGCGGCGACAGAGAUUGAGGCUGAUGGGCAAGCAUGGACCUCGGCGAUGA